CAGGCGCAGGGCGGGGCUUCGUGGCCGCGGCGUAGGGAGCGGUAGUGGGUUCUGUGUUGCUCUGUGCGUCAGAAGCUUGUCUGGGGGCCACUCUUCGGUUACCUGGCGUCAGCUAUGGCGGAGGCGAUGGAUUUGGGCAAAGACCCCAACGGGCUCACCCAUUCCUCGACUCUGUUCGUGAGGGAAGAUGGCAGUUCCAUGUCCUUCUACGUGCGUCCCAGCCCGGCCAAGCGCCGGGUCUCGACGCUCAUCCUGCACGGCGGCGGCACCCUGUGCCGGGUGCAGGAACCCGGGGCCGUGCUGCUGGCCCAGCCCGGGGAGGCGGCGGCCGAGGCCUCGGGCGACUUCAUUUCCACGCAGUACAUCCUGGACUGCGUGGAGCGCAACGAGAGGCUCGACCUGGAGGCCUAUCGGUUGGGCUCGGCGGCCGACCAGGCCCCGGAGACGAAGCCCGGUGCCCAGGCCGAGGGGGGCGCCGCCGCCGCGCAGCCAGAGCCGCAGCCGCACGGGGGGCGCAUCGCCUUCACGGACGCGGACGACGUGGCCAUCUUGACGUACGUGAAGGAAAAUGCCCGCUCGCCAAGCUCCGUCACCGGCACCGCCUUGUGGAAAGCGAUGGAGAAAAGCUCCCUUACACAGCAUUCGUGGCAGUCCCUGAAGGACCGCUACCUCAAGCACCUGCGGGGCCAGGAGCAUAAGUACCUGUUGGGGGACGCCCCAGUGAGCCCUUCGUCCCAGAAACUCAAGCGGAAAGCUGAGCAGGAUCCCGAAGCUGCUGAUAGCGGGGAACCACAGAAUAAGAGAACUCCAGACUUACCCGAGGAAGAAUAUGUAAAGGAAGAGAUCAAGGAGAAUGAUGAAGCAGUAAAAAAGAUGCUUGUAGAAGCCACCCGGGAGUUUGAGGAGAUUGUGGUUGACGAGAGCCCUGAUUUUGAAAUACACAUAACAAUGUGUGAUGAUGAUCCACCCACACCUGAGGAAGACUCUGAGACACAGCCUGAUGAGGAUGAGGAAGAAGAAGAAGAAGAAAAAGUUUCUCCACCAGAGGUGGGAGCUGCUAUUAAGAUCAUCCGGCAGUUAAUGGAAAAGUUUAACUUAGAUCUGUCAACAGUAACACAGGCCUUCCUAAAAAAUAGUGGCGAGCUGGAGGCUACUUCCUCCUUUUUAGAAUCUGGUCAGAGGGCUGAUGGGUAUCCCAUUUGGUCCCGACAGGACGACUUAGAUUUGCAAAAAGAUGAUGAGGAUGCCCGAGAUGCAUUGGUCAAAAAAUUUGGUGCUCAGAAUGUAGCUCGGAGGAUUGAAUUCCGAAAGAAAUAAUUGGCAAGAUAAUGAGAAAAGAGAAAAGGUGUGGCAGGUGAGGUUUAAAAAAAAAAAAAAAAAAAAAAGAUUUGUGACCAUUGAACUUCAGAGAUUUUGUACAUUGGAACUGACACUUGUCUUCUGACCAAUGCUGCCAUUGCUCUGUGAAUCUUAGAUUUUGUAGCCAAGCAGAGUUGUGUAGGAGGCUAAAAAUAAAAGACAUUGGAUAUUUUUAGAGCUGUCCCUGGCAGUAUGAGCGUGUUUAUGAAAGGAAAAUCUAAACCAGAGGGAGGUUGGCCUGUGUAGUAGUAAUUCUUUUCUGAAUGUAACCCUUGCUAUAUUGUUUCAGGAGCUAGUGACAAAGUCAAAGGAGGGAGAUUAGGAGAUGGGUCUUUUCAGGCAGCAUGAAUAAAGAGCUUCCUAUCCUUUGGCAGAAGCUCCUCUAGAUUGGAUAGAUUCCAAAUCAAGAAUCUAGAAAUGUGGAAAGUUUUAAUUACAAGGCCUUGAACACAGACUUCCUAAACUCUUGCAUCCCCUAGUGAGCUCUGAUUUCUCAACUGCUUUGAAAAUCCCAUAUUCCCUUUGCUAGCUUACUAUUUGGGGACCCUGCUCCUUGGCUGUUCUUUUCUUCCAGUCUUUGUCAGUCAUACUUGUGGCACGUGUUUCUUUACCUACCACCCAGUUUUGUUUAAAACACGCAAAACCGUAGAGAGUCUUAAGAACAGUCUUACUCAGUUACUAGUAAUGUGUUUUUAUUUAUUGAAAAUAGUUUUGUGGUAAGGAUUGUGUUAGAUUUACAAAUUAGUGAAUUGAUUCCUCUUUGUUGUGUUGCUUUCAUUGUUGAAAAUAAAAGAACUUUGAGUCUCCAA